CAAGAAGCCUAGUCAGUGGAGACAAUGCGCACGAAGUAAUCCCUCCAGUCCCAUGGUUGGGGUAAUGGGCCGUAUACUGGUGCAUAAGGAUUUGGACCAUACUGUUGCACUGGUAUUGAAUGUGCAGAUUGAUUGCUACCUGCUAGCCUGAUAGCUUCCUCAAUCUCAGGAGGAGUUAAUCCCUUUGCUUCGAGAAAUUGAAUGCGUUGCGCAAGUGGUGAUGAUUGGGUCUACAACUUCAAGUGUGUAAGGAUCAUCUUUAUACAUUAUGACUGCAUGAGCUCGCCUUUGGGUCCGCGAGAAAGGAGACAGCAUUGCGAAUGAGUUCUUGUCGUUCUGGCGAAGACAUCGCGGCCGUCCACCAAGCUCUCUCGCUCAAAGCAAGCGAUCGGCGUCCUGUCGGUCGCUGCCGGAGCGAGGGACCUGGGCGCCUCUGUCUGGACGUUCCACUUCGUGUGCAGUCAAAACUUCUCGUUCAUCCACCAUAUCUCUCAACCAUGCUCAGGACUCAGUUGGUUUCGACUCGUGCAGCCGCUCGCAGACUCUAUAGCUCUCGAGCUACCCAAUCACUGUUUGUUUGUGCCAGGACAGCGGCGCGGAGCCCCGCAUAUCCUACCCACUCGUCACUCCUUCAAAAGCAUGGUGUCAGCCUUGUCAUCCGUAGGGGAUAUGCUGAUGCCAAGUUCGACCGGUCGAAACCCUUUUUGAACAUUGGUACCAUUGGCCACGUCGAUCACGGAAAGACUACCUUGACGGCCGCCAUUACAAAAGUCCUCGCAGAAUCCGGAGGUGCCAAGUUCACCGACUACGCUGAGAUUGACAAGGCUCCCGAAGAGAAAGCCCGUGGUAUCACCAUCAACUCAGCGCACGUCGAAUAUGAGUCAAAGAACAGGCAUUAUGGUCACAUCGACUGUCCCGGACACGCCGAUUAUAUCAAGAACAUGAUCACCGGUGCUGCGUCUAUGGACGGUGCUAUUAUUGUCGUUUCCGCUACCGAUGGUCAGAUGCCUCAGACUCGCGAGCAUUUGCUUCUUGCUCGCCAAGUUGGUAUCAAAAAACUGGUCGUUUUCAUUAACAAGGUGGACAUGAUUCAAGACCCGGAGAUUCUUGACCUUGUUGACAUGGAAAUUCGUGACCUCCUAAACACCUACAACUUCGAUGGCGAGAAUACACCUAUCAUUAUGGGCUCCGCUCUCGCUGCUUUGGAGGGUCGUGAAGACGCUAUUGGCAAGAACAAGAUUCUGGAGCUGAUCGAUGCUUGUGAUCACUGGCUUGAGGUUCCUCCUCGUGACCUCGACAAGCCCUUCCUCAUGCCCAUUGAAGAAACCUACUCUAUUUCUGGACGUGGAACGGUCGCUUGUGGGCGUGCUGAGCGAGGUAUCAUCAACAAGGGUGAUGAAGUCGAGAUUCUUGGCUUCGGAGAACGUAUCAAGACCACUGUCACUGGUAUUGAGAUGUUCCGUAAGGAACUUGAUCGCGGAGAGGCCGGUGACAACAUGGGUGUUCUGCUUCGUGGCAUCAAGCGUGAACUCAUUCAGCGUGGUCAAGUCAUUACUGCCCCAGGCACCAUGAAGUCUGCGAAGAAGUUCAUGGCCCAGAUCUACAUCCUAACCAAGGACGAGGGUGGACGUUACACUCCUUUCAUGGUCAACUACAAGCCUCAGUUGUUCUUGCGCACAGCUGACACCACUGUUGGCUUCGAGUGGCCAGAAGGCACUCCUGACCCUGAGCACAAGAUGGUCAUGCCUGGAGACAACAUUGAGGUAGUUUGUUCACUUUACAAUGACCUCGCUGCUGAUGUUGGUACUCGGUAUGUGUUUACUGAUUUUCCGCUAUGGCUUUUUUGCUCAUUACUGUUAACCCUAGAUUCACCCUCCGUGAGGGUGGCAAGACCGGUAAGUCUGAUUGUCGCUCACUUCGUCCGUACACUUGCUAACAUACACUCCUUUAGUCGGUACCGGUAUCGUUACCAAGGUCCUUGAGCAUGCCCGUAUCUGAGUUGUGGGGGAGUGCACUACUGUUUUAUCAUGCUUUGUAUACGCUCUUUGUAAUCUUCGCACAUCUACCCUCACCACUCCUCGGAAAAGUAGACAUCCAUCUCGUAGUUUAGUCGCCUUUGCUUACAUUUCGUUUGCUCAUGCACUCACUUGUCGACCCUGCUCAGUAGUUACACACGUUCUGAAACCUGCGUUUCGAAUAUGAUGCCAAGAAACUGAGAACUGCAUGUAGGACGUAGGACGUUUGUAGACGUACAAAUGGAGUAAUAGUUGAUACAACCAUAAGAGGACGUCGUAUCGACGGACCGCCGUCGGCGUGC